AUGGAAAAAGAGAAGAAAAAGAAGCGGCGAACGGUCAAGCAAGUGCGGAUCGACCGCCUCAACAGACGUGGUCCGGGUGGACUCUUCGACCAACCGAAUACUGACGAUUCGAUGAUGGAUCAAACUGGAGACAGCCGCUGGAGCGAUCUGUCUUCGGGCACACUCCCAGAGCCCUCCAGUGGUCAAAGUCAGGGAUUUAAAAAGGACCUUCAGAUCGACGAGAUAGUAGCAAUAGAGAAGAAUCCAGAAGAUGAAGAGGAAAAUCUAGAAAAAGGACUUUUCGCUCGCUUCCUCGUUUUCAUAACACAAGUUGUUAUCAUCGUUGGCUUUCCAAUUUUCAUUUGGAGCUGCUUCAAAAUCGUGCAAGAGUACGAACGAGCAGUCAUUUUCCGCUUGGGUCAACUCAAACAGCGUAAAGCAGUUGGACCAGGCAUUAUCUGGAUCAACUUCUUCACCGACACUUUAAUCAAGAUCGACGGAAGAACAGUUUGCUUUGAAAUCCCAAGCCAAGAGAUUCUGACCAAGGAUUCAGUCACUAUCCGUGUCGAUGCGGUCGUUUAUUACCGAAAAGUUGAGCCAACCAGGUCCGUCUGCGAAGUGGAGAAUUCUGAUCAUUCUACUAGACUUCUGGCACAAGUAACUCUCCUAAACACCUUGCGCACUCGAACAUUGACAGAAGUUCUUUCUGAGGGAGAGUCAAUCAGCGACGAAAUCCAGCAAGCUCUUACCAGUGCUACAGAUCCAUGGGGAAUUUGCGUUGAACGCGUCGAGCUCAAAGAUGUUGUUCUUCCGGCACAAAUGCAACGUGCGAUGGCCGCAGAUGCUGAAGCGACUCGGGAGGCAAAGGCCAAGAUCAUCCAGUUAACCAUUCAUUCCCGUUAA